AUAUUUCCCUGUGUGUGGACAUGGUUACUAAAAGUAGAAGGAAACAAUCGCUGCUUGUAAUACAAAAUACAAAGAAAGCAUUGCCUACUGGAUUAGGGAAAAAAAAAAAAAAAAAACAAGGACCGUCUAUUGAAGUGGCAGUAAUUAGGUCACAUGCUCUGCCUGAUAAGGCAAGUUCUAAAGUGGGAUGAGUUAAGAAGUGUUUGUGUAUCUCUGCACUCUACUAAAAGUGUUUAACUAAACACAUAACUUGCAGAGAAAGUUUUCUGAACUGAACCCAAUUCCUUAGGCAAUUAAAGAAAGCUGUGAAUACUGAAAGCUACCUCAAACUGACCUGGAAAGCAAUGGCUGCAAUAAGGAAAAUGUUCUAUCGUUCCUGGUCCUCUGAUGUUAGACUUGAUGGCAAGACUGUUCUCAUAACUGGUGCCAACACAGGAAUUGGCAAAGAAACUGCAAGAGAUCUUGCAAAGAGAGGAGCCCGUAUCAUUAUGGCAUGCAGAGACCUUGAAAAGGCAGAGAUAACAGCCAAGGAGAUUACUGCAGAGUCUGGGAAUGAAAAUAUUAUUGUGAAGAAGCUUGAUCUAGCAGAUACCAAAUCUGUCCAUGCAUUUGCAGAACAGAUCAACAAUGAAGAAAGGCAAAUAAACAUCCUGAUCAACAAUGCUGGUAUAAUGAUGUGUCCAUAUUCUAAAACUGCUGACGGCUUUGAAAUGCAGUUCGGAGUCAAUCAUUUAGGUCACGUUUUAUUGACACACUUGCUGUUGGACCUCAUCAAGAGAUCUACACCUGCUAGAAUAGUUAAUGUGUCAUCUAAAGCUCACACGAUGGGGACUAUUCAGUUUGAUGACCUGAACAGUGAGAAGAAUUACAGUCCACUGAAAGCUUAUGCACAGAGCAAAUUGGCAAACAUUCUUUUUACGAAGGAGUUGGCUAAAAGACUGGAAGGAUCAGGAGUAACGGUUUACGCUCUACAUCCAGGUGUUGUGCGCACAGAACUGAGCAGACACCUGAGUUCAACACUGCAGAUUGGCAUGAAGUUACUGCAACCAUUCACCAAGUCACCAGUAGAAGGUGCACAGACCACAAUAUAUUGUUCUGUAGCCCCAGAGUUGGAGAAGGAAACUGGUUUGUACUACAGUGAUUGUGCUGCUACAAGCUGUUCAAGAGCUGCCAGCGAUGAAGAUGUUGCCAAGCGCCUUUGGGGAGUUAGCUGUCAGCUGUUGGGGAUAAACUGGAACUAAAAUACAGCAGCAUAGAAGAGCUCACCAAUUUGUUUCCCAAUUACUUAGUGUGUCAGUAGUUUGUAAGAUGGAAUCCUAUCUGCAGCGAGUUUGGUAUUAUUACAUCAUUUGAUAUGCUAAAUAAAUUCUGAAGACAUUCUCCAUAGAUGUUCCAUUUAAAUGUAUACUUUACAGAAACAUACUUGAGGAAGAAAUAAAUCAAUAAAGCACCACAAUAAAGUAAUUAUGAAAAAGUCUAUUUUAAAUUAAAUCAUCUUUUAUUUGCAUGCAGUAUAAAGAUUUCUUUCCAUAUAGUAUUACUUAAAAAUUGUGUUCAUAUAAGGACUUGUUUCCAUGUUUUUGAGCUCAUAAUGACUUACUUUGUGUUGCAUUUUCAUUCUUUUCUUCAAUUACUGAAUUUGUUCAUACGGUGACAAGUCUGGAAUCUGCAAUAAAGACUGUUCCCUUGCAGAAAGCAUGUAAUAUGACUGUAAAUUAACUGAGUUUGUUCGUGUGUGUCUGUAUUCCUACAACUAGAAUAGACUCUGGACCACAAACAUAACUUCUGUCUCUACUUUUAAUCAAAAUGUUCAUCCCUAUACUAAGAUAUACUAACAUUAAAUGUCAGCCAAGACAGAAAACAUUUGCAUAAAUUGAAUAACUUUUCUUUGAGAUAUUUUCUCUGAUCUGUUUAAUGUGGAAGGGUAAUGUUAGUAAGUCCAGUAUCCUUGUGAUAUAUUAAAGACUACUUUAAAUCA